UGGUUGCGCAUGUCCAAAAGAAAAACAGUGAAUAAACUUCAAUUUAGUUGCACUUGGAAUUUUGACGAAAUAUUGUAUAUUUUAAGAAAAUCUGUUAAAAAUGGCAUUGAAAGUGCAAGUUGAGCAAAAAAUUAUGAACGAAAUUAUUCGUUUCAAUGGGAAUGUUCCAGCCAAAUCUGGUUCCAAGCGAUGGCGUAUUUUGGUCGUCGAUAAGUUGGCAAUGCGUAUGAUAUCAGCUUGCUGUAAAAUGCACGAUAUUACAGCUGAAGGAAUACCAUUGGUUGAAGAUUUGCAUAAAAAAAGAGAACCAUUGACAUCCAUGGAAGCUAUUUACUUGAUGACGCCAACGGAAGAGUCAGUGCGUAUUUUAUUGAGUGAUUUUGAGAGUCCAAAUCGUUCCAUGUACAAAGCUGCCCAUGUCUUCUUUUCUGCAGUUUGUCCCGAGGAGUUAUUUAAUGAAAUAUGUAAAUCAACUGCCAAUACCACUAAAAAGAUCAAAAAUAUUAAGGAAAUCAACGUCGCUUUUUUACCAUAUGAAAGCCAGGUAUUCACACUGGAUUCUCCGGAUACAUUUCAAAUCAUGUACUCACCGUAUUUGGCCACAGCUCGAUUUGCACACAUGGAACGGAUUGCUGAACAAGUGGCUACAUUGUGUGCUACAUUGGGUGAAUAUCCAUCUGUGCGUUAUAGAAGCGCUUGUGAGCGUAACGUGGAGUUGUCAACAUUGAUCCAACAGAAACUCGAUGUAUAUAAAGCAGAUGAUCCAACAAUUGGAGAAGGCCUUGAAAAGGCUCGAUCACAGCUCAUUAUAUUGGAUCGUGGUUUCGAUUGUAUCUCACCCAUUCUUCAUGAGCUAACGCUUCAGGCGAUGGCUUACGAUUUGCUUCCAAUCACAAAUGAUGUAUAUCGCUAUUUUCCGUCUCCAAAUUCCAUUGAAAAAGAGGUUUUACUAGAUGAAAAUGAUGAAUUAUGGGUCGAAUUACGCCAUCAACAUAUUGCCGUUGUAAGCACUCUUGUAACGCAAAAUCUGAAGCGAUUCACUGAUUCAAAGCGCAUGAACCAAGGCGACAAACAGACAAUACGUGAUUUAUCGCUUUUGAUCAAGAAGAUGCCACAAUAUCAAAAGGAAUUAUCAAAAUAUUCAACACAUUUGCAUUUGGCUGAAGAUUGUAUGAAAGCAUAUCAAGGCUAUGUGGACAGUUUGUGCAAAGUGGAACAGGAUCUUGCGAUGGGUACCGAUUGCGAGGGCGAAAAAGUAAAAGAUCACAUGAAAAAUAUUAUAAACAUCAUACUGGACACGAAUAUAUCGAGCUACGAUAAGAUACGUAUAAUUGCAUUAUAUGCAAUGAUAAAGAACGGAAUUUCUGAUGAAAGUCUCAAUAAAUUGUUUACACAUGCUCAGAUUAAUUUACGAGAUCAAGAUAUGGUCCGAAAUCUAAGCUACCUCGGAAUAAAUGUUGUAACUGAUGGAAAUCGCAAGAAACCAUAUCAGAUUCCCAGAAAAAAUCGUGUUACCGAACAAACAUAUCAGAUGUCCAGAUGGACGCCUGUUCUAAAAGAUAUCAUUGAAGAUAGCAUAGACGAUAAAUUGGAUCAAAGGCAUUUCCCAUUUUUGGCUGGUCGUGCACAAAGCAGCACGUACCAUGCACCGAUAAGCGCACGCUAUGGACAUUGGCAUAAGGACAAAGGACAAACGACGGUGAAAAACGUACCACGUUUAAUUGUAUUUAUCGUUGGUGGCAUAAGCUACUCAGAAAUGCGAUGUGCAUAUGAAGUAACUGCUGCCAAAUCUGGAUGGGAAGCUAUUGUUGGAGCAAGUCAUAUUUUAACUCCUUCGGGAUUUUUGGGAGACAUUGCAUCACUAUCCAAAGAUAACUAGAUGCAAAAAUUAACAAUUUCAAAACAUGCACAAACCAAAGAAUGUUGGCUUUAUACAGUAUAUUAAUUUAUUGAGUAUCCAAAAAUUUAUUGAGUGUAUAGUAACCAUUUUUGUGUUCUGAUCUUAUGAGACUUAUAUAUUUAUGUUGAACAUUAACAAAUAGUAUAUUUAUUAUUUAUAGUAUUGAUGAAUCAACUUUAUUGUAGUGGACAAUUAUUGUCAAUCAAACUCUUUUGAAAAUCGUAUAUCAGAUUCUUUAUGUAAACAUUUUAAAUCAAAGUCAUUCAAAUCAAAUGGAAUAUAAUUGCGAAAGUACUUUGAAAAAUACAUAAUAUCAAAUUAUGGUAUUUCUAUACAUUUAAGGUCCUAUUGUAAAAUCAACACUGAUCUAUUUAAUCGCUCAAUUGAGCAUCAAAAAAAGACUAACUGAAUAAUUGUGGUGCCAACUUUUACAAUCGAUAAAAAAAUUACUGAUUUUAUCUACCUCAUUGUCUAAUAUACAGUACAAAUUAGAACCAAAUAUUGAUGGAUUUGAAAAUGUCGAUUUGGAAUUUUCAGCAGAAGCUUUUUUAACGAACGGGCACAACAACAUUGUUUUUGUCAAAUUAAAUUUAUUAAAUAAAAAGUUGACAAUGGAUCUAAGUAAAUAUAUAUUGUCAUUUUUGCCACA